CUCAAAGGGCCGAAAAUGAGAGAAAAGUAACUAUAUGCGCCUAAAGGUUUCCAGUACAUGGACAGUACACUAGUUAUGAAAAUUCUUUUGCAAAAUUGCUCGGCAAUUCUGUUCUUUUUACUUUCCACUAUCUCGUUUGCCAUUAUCCCAUACUUGAGCAGACUAUCAAAUCCCAGUCGACAUAUACGAUACGCUCCCCCACCUCCAAACAUUCGGCAAACGGCAAAUACUGCAGCUGGCUCUAGUUUCAAGAUCGGGCCUCAGCUCUGGAUUGCUACAGUACAAGCCAGUGUGGAGUCGCAGGCCUGAUACCAGCAUGUAUUGACGAGUAUGGCAGAAGCUGGCCCCGCAGGUUGCGGCAGCCCGGAGACUUAAAUUAGAAGACGGAUUGAGGACCCCACAUCGACAUCUAGCUAUUGAUUGGUAUUGAAAGAGAGGGAGCAUGAGAGCUUUGGUGAAGCAGUGCUGCAAGGCGGUUCGUAUUGGUUCACUCGUCGGCCAGUAGAAUGGCGAGCUGGAUUAUAUCAGAUCAGGAGAUUGAGAUAUCACCUUAUGAACUGGUCACGUCUACUAUCGAUUAGACUGUCAAGCGCCUUUCUGUUGCAAUGCCAAGUUAACAAGAGCUUUACUGGAGUUGCAUGUCUAUGAUACCCUGGAAGGGAAACUUCACAGCUGAAAUUGGAUGAUGCUGUAUUAUAUGACUGAUCGGGUUUAUGACAGGUACAAACGAUGAUCGAUGACAUUUACUCCCUAGAUGCUAAACGAAAUCCAGAAAAAGAUAAAGCUGCGCCGGUGAGCUGUCG